GUUUCCCUGCCCUAACUUUUGCCUCUUCCUCAUAGCUGGAGCCGUACAUGGACGAGAACUUCGUUUCGAGAGCCUUCGCCACCAUGGGAGAGCUUGUGCUGAGCGUGAAAAUCAUUCGCAAUCGACUGACAGGAAUUCCUGCGGGCUAUUGCUUUGUGGAAUUUGCAGAUCUGGCUACUGCAGAGAAAUGUUUACACAAAAUCAAUGGAAAGCCGCUUCCUGGUGCCACACCAGCAAAACGAUUUAAACUGAAUUAUGCAACAUAUGGAAAACAACCUGAUAACAGUCCAGAAUACUCGCUUUUUGUGGGAGAUUUGACCCCAGAUGUGGAUGAUGGCAUGCUAUAUGAGUUUUUUGUUAAAGUUUACCCAUCGUGUAGAGGUGGUAAAGUUGUCUUGGACCAAUCGGGAGUUUCCAAAGGCUACGGGUUUGUGAAGUUCACAGAUGAACUGGAACAGAAGAGAGCCCUGACAGAAUGCCAGGGAGCUGUGGGGUUGGGCUCCAAACCUAUACGUUUGAGCGUAGCCAUACCAAAAGCUAACCGUGUGAAGACGGCGGAGUACAAUCAGAUGUACAACUAUAAUUAUAACCAAUAUUACCAACAAUAUCAGAACUACUAUGCGCAGUGGGGAUAUGACCAGAACACAGGCAGUUACAGCUACAGCUACCCCCAGUAUGGGUACACGCAGAGCACUAUGCAGACGUAUGAAGAAGUUGGUGAGGAUGCACUGGAAGAUCCAGCUCCCCAGAUAGAUGUGAGUGAAGCAAACAAACAGUUUGUAGAACAGAGCGAAGAGCUUUAUGAUGCCUUGACUGACUCUCACUGGCAGCCUUUGGACACCGUCUCUUCAGAGAUUCCAGCCAUCUUAUAGCCUCAUUGGUGAGGCCCAUGUUUCUGUGAGACAAGCCAGCUAGCACGCACCAGACUGAUGCUACACCUGGAACCUGCAGUAGUGAAGCGGUGACCCCUUUUCUACACAGGUGUCUGACUCAAAAUACAGGAGGACUCUGGUAUUUCCUGUACACAAUGCGUAUCAUAGGAGCAUCAUGGUAAUGCAAUUUUAUUCCUGGUGAAAAUUAGAACUGCAACAGUUUUAUUCCUUUUGUCUUGAACUGAACUCAACACUUCUUGGGAAUUGUAAUUUAUAAACAAGACAGUACAGAGGAAUGAAACUUCUCCAACAUGCAAUAAAAAGUUGGUCUUUUAACUAAAAUUGCCCUUUGCAUUUGGCUCCCGCCCAUCUCUUUGCUUCUUUGUCCAUGUACCUGUCUUCCACUCAUGCUGCUUUCCAUAAAUUUGUCCUUUAGAAAAUUGUCAGUCACUACUCAAAUCUCCCAACACGUCUCCAGUGAUUGGGUAAGGUGCCUGGGUGUUGUUGAGGGGGGAGGAACAUGCAGACAAAAGCUUAUGUUCUGCCUUUUCUAAGUGCCAGAUUAGAGCUAUCAAAAUGUAUAUUUUGGUAUUUUCAAGCAGUCUGAACAAGAAGGAGUUUUUUUGAUGGGGGCAGCUGGAGGUUUAGAGAUGGCAAGAAGUAUUAUAAAACUACUGUUGAUGGAGGCCCUCUAGUUAGCCUUGAGCAGUUUGUUUUCCCUUAUUCUUGAUCUGCAUAGGAAGAAAUUACUCCUGUUAGACAAAAAAUAACUUAAACAUGCCUGCUGUUAGCAAUGUUUUAUAGAAGAUUUUGUCUAUGACAGGUUCAUCCCUGUGGACGGGUUCUUGAUGUCCUGUUAAAACACUAGAUUGUUCAGCUUCUGCUGUAAUGUAGAGUGAACAAGGUAAAAGAAAAUUAAACUAGUGUAUGAGAAACAGAUCAGAGCACUGGAAUUACUUUAUGUUCAAGGUGUUGCUCACCUGAGAGCAGUUUUCUAUGGGACGUUGUGUGUGCUGAACAAACUAGCAAUGUAUUUAAGCUAACACUGUGGUGCAUUAAGGGUGGCAACAAAAAUAGCACUUAUUUACAUGUUGUGUGAGCCAUUUUUAGGCUUCUGUGCCAGACAAACUACCCGCAAUAAAUGUCUACCUAAGAAGACAUUUAGUAACUGAAAUUGAAAGAAAAAAAACAUUUAGUUACUUUUGCCUCUACUGGUGCUGGAAUUAGCAGUAAAAACUAAAAUACUUCAUAAGGC